GUGGAAUGCGGAUCUCUAUUUUUCGGGAGCUGCCACAGCCAUCGGGGUUUGAGCUGAGAAACUGGAUCCUUCCUCGCUGAAACACUGCCCUACCUGUCGAAUUUAAGGCAGGGAUGUGUUUUUACCAUGAAAAGAAACUGCCUCAAAAUAUUUUGUAUUUUACCUAGACUACAUUUCACAAUAUAGGCUCACAUCUGGAUUCGUCACUGCACAGGCUGAAUACGACAUAUCAUGAUGAAAUUUGCCUAAUGCUCGUCAGACGGUUUCCUCUCUCACUUUGAUACAUUCAUUGUAGCUUAGAGUGGAAACUAAUUUACAUUCCGACAACCACAGAUUGGUGAUGGCUUUCGAGGUUUAGAAGCUGGCGAAAUCAGAUUUACAAGACCAAGGGAAAGAGUAAAGGCCGAGAGGGGCUCAGACGUGGCUUUCUUCACAGCAGACACAAUACCUUGAACGACACAAAAGCUUUAAAAUCAAAUACUGUCAUAAAGUCAAAUACCAAGGGGUCUACUGCUUCCUGAACAACAGUGUGUUGGUGUCUCAGGGGGAGAGGGAUCUGGAAACAAGUAGAUAGGGAGCAGGAGAUAUCGGAGCUACAGGGGCCACGGUGUCUAUCUGGUCCUCUGUUUCCCUGUGAGGCUGUCUUUGUGUCAGGGAUCGAGAGGUGGACACACAUACAGCCAAGGACUGGCUAACAGCAGGACUAAACCACUCUGAAGGGCACUGGAGGGCCACUGGGCAGAAGGUUGGCAUCUGGCUGGCAGAGAGCGGGCACUGUGGUGGGCAGGCGACCGCAGCAUCGAGAUUACAGAUUAGGCAGAACAGCAGGUCAGGGCACAUUAUCCUGACACAAUCUGUACUUCCACCAACACCACACCGCAGAAUUCAAUUAAACCCUACUGCUCCUGCUACUGGCAGGCAGUGGCCCAGUCUCACACACAUACACAUAUACACAAAUAAUCUCCACUGCUGGACAGCUACUGAGCCCCCAUCGCUUCCCUGCUGUCCUGUUUGAUGAUCAGCGCCAGAUGGAGUGAUGGGAUUUUUUGAUUUUGAUUGGUUUAUCUUUUUUUUCAAUCCAGUCACUCAUUGCCUCACGGUUCCUUGGAGAUCAUUCAUUGGUAAGCUGUUUUAAGGUCACCAUAUCUACUUUUCUUAAGAUUCUGGGUCAGUCCCCUUUGUCAUUAUGGUCAGAAUGCUUUGAUUACUUUGGGGGUUUUACUGUAUUCUGUUUUUACUCUGGCUGAAAACCACUGGAAUUUAGACAGAGAACCUGGACCCAGGGCAUUAGAAGGGCUGGUAGAUGCUCAGUCUGCCAACACAGGGACACACACCACUCACAGCCUCAAUGAGAACUAGACUACAGGGCUCCAGACCCUAUGUUUCAGAGCUGAACCCAAGGUCCUGAGUAGCUCUGCUACUCUGAGAUGACACUAAUGACUCAGUAUCUGACUUUUACCAUGGAUAUCACUGUAGGUGGAUACGACUGCUAACCAAGGUUAACGGAGCGUGAUAGGCUCUGACAGGUUCUCAGACUAACAGUGUACAAUUUGUGUUGAGUUCGUCAGUUUUUUAUGUGCAGACACUCUGCUGGAGCUCCCAUCCAGGACUUGAGCAGUGCUGUGUGUGGAAAGUCGGGGCUGGGUGGAAGGUGUGAAGAGCGGCAGCCACGUGUGGAGAGACAGAGAGUGAAGGGAGCAACACACAACUCUGGGAGAAACUGUUUAGUGUGAGACACUGAGAGACACACUGUGGGGCAGCGGCUCUCCCUCUCUCUGUUUGACGGACUGGAAGAGUGUUCUCUCUGAGCCAGCGUGAGCCAGCCUGCACGCUGAGUGGAGCUGAGGCCAGUAGGGUGGGGACAGUGGCAGGGAGCGGUGCAUGGCAGUGGGGGGGCCGGGUGCCGUCCGUCACCCAGCACCGAGAGGGGCGCUGGGGUUGGGGCUGGGUGUGGGGCGGCCCUAGGGGGCGAGGGGCCAGAGGUCAGGGAAGCUGAGGCCCUGGUUGACAGGCGGGGCCAGCGUGGAGCGGGGGUGUCGGCCGGGGUCUAGCGACGGUGGAGGAGGGGGCAUGCGGUGCUCACUGAGGGUGUGGGUGCUGCUGGGCUCCCUGGGCCUGGUCUUUCUCACCUCCCUCUUCUUCUCCAUCUCCCUGAGGGGGGGCGUCGGCCUGCCCUACCUGGACCCACCCGGAUGGGAGGAGUCUCGCCGAGUUAAACUAGUGCCCAACUACGCUGGUGCCCACCAGCUAAGCCCUCUAGAGGGCACCCAGCAGGAGAAGACAUGUGCCUGCCCCCGCUGUGUGGGAGACCCUGGGGUGUCGGACUGGUUUGAUGAGAACUACGACCCGGACAUUUCCCCCGUGUGGACACGGGACAACAUCCAGCUGCCUUCAGAUGUCUACUAUUGGUGGGUGAUGCUGCAGCCUCAGUUCAAGCCCCACACUAUCCAGCAGGUGCUGCUGCGGCUGUUCCAGGUGAUCCCAGGCCGCUCCCCCUACGGCUCUUGGGACCCCGCCCGCUGCCUGCGCUGUGCAGUGGUGGGGAACUCAGGCAACAUGCGUGGGGCUGGGUAUGGGCCCACCAUAGACGGCCACAACUACAUCAUGAGGAUCAACCUGGCUCCCACGGUGGGCUAUGAGGAGGAUGCAGGCAGCCACACCACUCACCACUUCAUGUACCCAGAGAGUGCCAAGAACCUGGCAGCCAAUGUCAGCUUCGUCCUGGUGCCCUUCAAGACCCUGGACCUGCUGUGGAUCACCAGCGCACUCUCCACUGGACAGAUCCGCUUUACCUACGCCCCUGUGAAGCAGUUUCUACGGGUGGACAAAGACAAGGUUCAGAUUUUUAACCCAGCCUUCUUCAAGUACAUCCAUGACCGCUGGACCAGGCACCACGGACGCUACCCCUCCACAGGCAUGCUGGUUCUGUUCUUCGCUCUGCACGUGUGUGACGAAGUGAAUGUUUUUGGCUUUGGCGCUGACAGUCGAGGCAACUGGCACCACUAUUGGGAGCAGAACCGCUACUCUGGAGAGUUUCGGAAAACAGGGGUACAUGACGCAGACUACGAGGCCCAGAUCAUCGACUCGCUAGCGAAGGCCGGAAAGAUCCAAGUUUUUCCAGGAAAGUGAGGGCUGGAGGUGUGGUGGGCUGGCUUACAGGAACACUAGAGUAACCAUCACCACCAUCUUUAUGUGCUUAGUUAUCUGUUUCUUUGUGAUUUGCAUAGAGAGGGUUCCAUAACACUAGAUCAUACGUUGCCUGAUGACCCUGUUCCCAUUGUGCAGGAGGGUAAGUUGCUGAUGGUUGUGAGUGGAACUACAUGUGACUACACACUCUGCCCCCAACAGGCCUACCUCCAUAGCCCUCAGCCCUGAGGAGAAAUGAACGGACAGAACUAUAGGAGUAUAAUGUAGUGGGGGAAUAAUGUAGUGGGGGCGGAGAAGUCUGGCCUAGCCACUGAAUGGACCUGUGAACCAGUCCCAUCCACAAUCCCACCUCCUGCUCAUCCGCAGGGGGUUGAGUCAUCACACGCCUUAGGGGUCUCACACCCAGAGACUCAGCCCCCCACCCACUCUGUAGCCACCACCCUAAAUGUCAUGGCAACAAGUGACGGACACUGAUCUACCCCUGCCGUGUUCACACCCACCUGUAUAGCUGCUGUUAAAGCCCCCUUGCCCCUCGGAGCUGGGAGUACUAGGUAGUUGAAGUUUCCGUGGUUGGAAGUCCAGAGGCUUACUGUUGUAAUUAUAUGACUAUCAUGUUGAAGGUAUGUACGGCCCACAGGGAUUUGACCACAUAUACAGUAUUAACCGUUUGAUUUGUUUUAACCAUUUUAAGUGACUAAUCAUCCUGCUAAUUAGGUGGAUUGGGGAGAGGCUUACACAUGGUCAACAACAACACAAGCAGACAUAUCGCGAUAAGACUAACAGUACUCACUCAUUAACAUACACACACACACUCUUCCACACAUACACCGUUCACACAAUGUUCUUGGUCAUUUAGAGCUAAUACCACUAAGUAUAGGACUGAGUACAAAGAGCUCACACUAAAAUGACCUGCUGCCUCCUGCUGCCUGUUAAGGGAUACUGCAUCACUCUGAGGCCCAUACAUUAUAUGUACAGAGGACAAACUGAAGGCUGCCUCCUCUGUGUCUAAUGAUGGCCACUUGAUAAUGGAAAGUAAUAUGGCACAACAUAACUAACCCGACUGCUAGUAAAAAAUGCCACUAUAUUUUCAGAUCAGAGUUUAGAAACUCUAAAAAGGUAGGUAGCUUAGCGGGUAGUCUAGGCAGGUAGUCUAGCAAUUAAGAGUGUCGGCCAGUAACUGAAAGGUUGCUGGUUCAAAUCCCUGAGCUGACUCGGUUAGAAAUCUGUCUGUGCUCUUGAGCAACACACUUAACCCUAUUGCUUUUGUAACUAGCUCUGGAUAAGGGCGUGUGCUAGUUUAGUUAAAUGUAAAAACUGUCUUUAGUCCUGGCUGCAGUAGUUAUUAGCCAGUUUGGCAAUGUGACAUUCAGUUAAGGAUUUCGCUGUUGUGUAAUCCUAUGAUGAUAUCAUAAAUAUGGUAUAUACCAUUAUGUGCUAUAUGAUAUACUUGUAUUAUAUCUAUUCUUUGCACAUCAUUGAGUUCUUAUCUGACACUCUGACAUUGAGUUGGGCAGAUCACUGUAACUGAUUCCUAUACAUACUCAGUUCUGUGUGGAAUUUUUGUUUUGUUUCAGGUAUGUGUCUCUACCUGACACACAUACUUUAAGGACAUCUAUGGAGUGCCAGUGAGUUUUUAUAAGCCCUCACUCCUUACUAAGUAUGUGUGAGAGAGAGAGUGCUGUAAACAAAAUUGUGUGAUUUACUUAGUGUUGUCAAAGUGAGAUUUUCAGUUAGACCCCUCUCAUAAAAAAAUAGACACAUAUCAGAAAUUUACAGCAAUGUGACAACACACACACACAUCCAUGCUUGCGUGCCUUGUCCCAGUGUUGGACAUACCUUUCCUGCAGUGCACCAUAAACCUCAGUACACGUGUGCUACCUUAAGCUUGAUUUAGUCUGCACAGGACAUUCACACAAACCCUACCCUACUAUGGGUACUGCUAUUGUGAUCAUAACAGCGUGUCAGCCAUGUCUCUUACACACAUACACAUAUUCUGAGGGCUUCAAAUGUCUUCUCUGACUUAGACCAUACACCUUAUAUUAUACCCACCCCCUCUGGUCUCGCCUGGCUGAGAGCUGUGCCUUCUGGACCCAUAUGAUUCACUCUGCCUUUCUCUUGGAGCCACGUAGAGGCUUCCUUUAUGCUGUUGCUUUUUAAACUCAUUAUCUAGAGAUGAAAGAAAAUCAACUCUUAUCUGUGACUAGAAAUGUGUAAAGUUGAUGACUAUGGUUGUAUUCAUUUGCUCUUCUCAAUCAGUGUUUGGCCAUUGUGUCUGUGAUUCGUAUCUGCUGAGGUAUCGUGUUCAAGAUGACAGCCGAUGGCAUUGUGUCUAGUGGUUAAAACAGGUCUCCACCUUAUGUCUGUGUUUUACAUGGAAUGUUUCUUAGUAAGUAUACCCAACACUUUCCUGGGUGAUCCUACUGACUACGCCAGAAAUAAAAUGUGCAAUACAUACUCAAAGAGAAUCAAACACAAUGGACAUUGUUCUAAUAAUUGGACAUAACUUUAAUUCCGUUACUCCCAAUUACUUUUGUAAUAACUGUUUAUACAACAGGACAAUACCCAUAUCUACUGUAACAAUAAAGCUAGCACAUUGAAGCUGAACGCCACAUUUUAGCCCAACGUGCUGAAGGAUACAGUAUGUUCCCCAAUAUGUUGUUUGAUUGCUGUGUACACUGUGGGGAACUGACUGUGUAAAAGGUGAGAAAUCCUUUUCAACUCUGCUGUCCCUGAUAGUAUUAUUCCGUAAUGGAUAGUUUUGAAUGUAUUUGAGUUCAUCGGGUCUGGCUUGAGUGGCUUCUAGUGAUAACUGAACAGUCUCUUAUGAAGCAUCUAUGCUGUUGCAGUGUUUUGAUGGUUUCAUCUCCAGCUCUUCAUUAGAGGUCUCUUGUGCACAA